GAUUCUAUUAUAAUUUGUCAAGUGUCAGGUUUUUGUUAUUACUUUAAUUAUGAGACUUACUGCAUUUUUAUUAAAAAAUAAAAAAAUAUUGCCUUAUCGAUUCAGAGGGAAAUAUCGUAAAGUAUGGGAACCUAAAUUUGAAGAUUUGUUAAAAUUAAGGCAUGAUUUUGAAAGAGAAGAAAGAAAUAUGUUGAUUUUAAGACAUCCUUAUUUAACUCUUGAACAAUCUUCUGGACACAUGAAACAUAUCCCAAAAAUACGUACUGGUGUUCUUUUUGGGAAUAAAAAGAACGAAAAGUUUGCAAAAAUGAUAACAAUUGAAGAACGAUUAAGUUCGUUAAAAGUUACCGAAGCGUGGGAAUAAAGUAUGAAAUAAAAGACA